UUACUAGAUCUACUUGUAGCAACAUGGCGCUGCCCGGUAAUAACAUUGACUUUGCGUGAACUUUCUCAGGUCCUGUGGCAAUCAGUCAUUCGCCAGUGCCAGUGGGUAAGUUUUCUAGAAGCUACAGAUUUGACAGAGGAGGAAAAGUCCUGCACUGCCUCUCAGCAUGUCUGCAAGUGCGCAGAAUCGACUGCUCCUGCAACAGCUCAUGCUCACCACUUCCGCUGGUCAUUCACUGCGUCAUUGCCGGAGUUUUUCCACAACUCUUCAGCGAUACAGGAAGCCCAACAUCCAGAGGCCUCGGGUACCUGGUACAGAGCGGAGAAUUUUAGAUGCUGUCACAGUCCCGGUGUUCCCACCUGAUCUCCGUCCUUUACCAGAACAAUGCUAUGAUAACUGGAAGCAAAAACAAGAAUCGCGGAGGUCUGAGAUCAUGGAUGCUUUCAAUGCAUUCCGACUGCGGGAAGCCACUGAAGUUUUCUCCAGGCAUGAAAUGGUCGCUAUCUGCCACAUUUUACCUUCCACAACGCGUGAGUUCCUGGUACUGAGGGCCAAGGUCGUCACAGCGGGACUGAAGCUUGUCUUUAUCAAAAAUGACCUAGCACGGAAGGCUGUCGAAAACACAAAGUGGUGCAACUUGGAGCCGUACUUUACAUCCAGCACAGCGUAUGUUGUGAGUGAACAGUCAAAAGUGCCUGAAUUGAUAAAGCUUCUGAAGAAGACCCCGGAACUUCAACUCCUAGGUGGCCUGGUGGAGGGGCGCAUCUUGUCUCGGGAGGUGAUGCUCAACGUGGCAAAAUUGCCUCCCCUGGACACCCUGAGAGGAGAACUCUGCACCAUCCUGUCAGCGUCUGCCUCGAAGACCAGCCGCUUCUUGACGCGACAUCAGCAAGAUCUCUCCACCAAUCUGACGCAGCUCGUGGCUCAAGGAAGUGGGGGAGCCGAGGGGGAUGUCGGGAGUGAAGGGAUCAUGGGGUCGGGGGACACAAAAGAAAGCAGUAGUGAAACAGUGGAGAGUAAGGACAAGGAGACUGUGACGUAGAGAUUGUGAUAUGUUUGUUGUCUUGUCAGUGUGGAUGAUGUGCACUGUUUUUGUUCUGUAGCUUUGACUUUCUCUGAUAGGAAUAAAUAUUUCCUUUUUGGGGAUCACAGUAAUAUGUUGUUCUUGUGUAAGAAUGAUUUAAGUCAGAGUUUGCAGAUUUUUUAAAAGCUGUUGUGUGAUAACUGAAGCGUUGGAAGUUUGAAUGUCACAGAAAGGGAUUUUGAAAUACAGUAGUGUAUGCGACUUUUGUUUGAAGUUUACUUUCUUUAUUUGAAGUCCUUUUCUGGCUAGACUUUUCAUUUGUUAUAUUUACUUUCGAGUAAAUUAUCAUUUUAUUCAUUUUCAGUUUUAACUUUGGAGGUUGUUUUGUUUGUUGUUGGUUUGUUUGUUGUUUUGUUGUUGUUGUUUUUUUUUGGGGGGGUUAAUUAUGAUAGCAUCAUAUAUUUGUGCACUUGCAGUAAUCCCUCCUGGUUAAUUAUGUGAAAAAUAUUUAGUUGAUACUGUCUUCACAUGGAAAGAAAUCUAGUAAACAAAUAGGCCUACAUGUAGUAGCUACUGAGUUUCACUGAUGGUUCUUUCCUUUUAAAAUGAAAAUUGUUGGUAGGUCUGUCAGAAUGCUACCGUUUCAAAAUAUUGAUAAUGAGUGCUUGAGUAAACUGUUGAUGUUUGACUGAUAAGAUGAAUGAAAUAAAGUAAUAAAGUUUGUGCUGAUCUAA